GCCGCGUUUGGGUGUUCUUGGGUCAACGAGUCCCAGAGCUGGGAGGGCCAGGAGGCAGAACCCCCCCCAGCAUGUGCCGUACAAGCCUUAUCCGAACGUUGAGAGGGUGAUGAAUUGUGGUGAUGCCAAAUUGGCAUGGUCAACGUGGCCUUCCUCCUUCCCACUCCCCAGGAGCUCAUCAUGGCGACGCCCCCUAAACGGCGGGCGGUGGACGCCACCAGGGAGAAAGUGCUGCGCUAUGAGGCCUUCAUCAGUGACGUGUUGCAGCGGGACUUGCGAAAGGUGCUGGACCACCGAGACAAGGUAUAUGAGCAGCUGGCCAAAUACCUUCAACUGAAAAAUGUCAUUGAGCGGCUCCAGGAAGCUAAGCACUCGGAGUUAUAUAUGCAGGUGGAUUUGGGCUGUAACUUCUUCGUUGACACAGUGGUCUCUGAUACUUCACGCAUCUAUGUGGCCCUAGGAUAUGGUUUCUUCCUGGAGUUGACACUGGCAGAAGCUCUCAAGUUCAUUGAUCGUAAGAGCUCUCUCCUCACAGAGCUCAGCAACAGCCUCACCAAGGACUCCAUGAAUAUCAAGGCCCAUAUCCACAUGUUGCUAGAGGGACUUCGAGAACUACAAGGCCUGCAGAACUUCCCAGACACGUCUCACCAUUGAUUUCUUCUUCUCGUCCUCCUCCGACAUUAAAGAACCUGAAUGCCUUUGAGUCACGUGG